CCGAACAGAUAUUUCACAGAAAACAGUCGUUGGGUGCCCCAUGGCCCAGGGACGAGGCAAGUGCUGACGGCUUUUGUGGUGUUAGCUGUUAGGUGUCCGUCAUUUUGGUCACUUAUAAAAAUGACCUGGGACCUGCGUCGUACCCAGACGUCUCUCUCUCUCGAUCAAAAUGUGCGCGCAAAGGAAGGCGGGAAGGAGACAACGGGCGAGACGGCGCUUCGCCCGCCGUCUGUACCCUUCCCACGGUCCCUUGGGUUCAUCACCUGUCGCUCGCCUUUACCUUGCCUGCGUGCAGAAGUCUCCUAUUUCCUUUGUUGCACGCGGAAAAGGGACGUCUGCGUAACGCCGUCGCUAAUCGUGUUCCAGCGUCCCGCUGGCAGGGUAUUCUAUUUCGCAUAAAUUGUGAAAUAAUAUCCGGUUAGAAAUAAGAGUUGACAGGCCAAACAAAACAUCAUAAGCUCGUGAUACGGGUGAAACGUGACCUUGGGAGUCUGCUUGAACAGAGGUUUUUCUUCUUUUCUCUCUCGCGCGAAGAUUACUAGCACUGCACAGUGCAUGUAGCAUUCUAACCUUUGACUGAGUAAAUCUCAUUUUUGCCGCGCUAAGUCUUCCAUUUAGAGGUCAUGAAGCAGGUUUGUUACAUGCAUACUGAGUAAUUAUUUCCUGUGGUUUAUGCUUCUGUGGGUGUUCCCGAUAGGAUUUGAUUUCAGAUGCAGUUGUAAAGUGUUUAAAUUUUCUUGACCUCUGUUUGUUACGGCUAAAUAAAGAUUUUAGUUUCUUUGGCUGGCUUUCUCCGAAAUGCCUGCCUGGUGCGAAGUCCACGCCGCUUUUGUAGUUUUCUCAGACACUGUUUACAAAUAUGAUGUGAUGUGUCAUGCAGAGUAAAUUGUAAAGAAAUAAUUUCCUCGUACACGUUAAAUUUUCCGCGUCCCCGCACAAGAUUUCGAUCGCUCUGCUUUUCGAUCGACGAAAAACACAGCACACAAUCGCACAUGUUUUGAUUUGUUUUGGUUAGAAAACCCCGCUUACAUAAAUCAUUUAAAUCACCGCAUACAUUAUCAGACCACAUUCGAUAACAACCAAUCAGCGUUAAGUCAAACAAUGCGCACUGUGUGUCAGCCUAUCACAGCGUGUUCCCAAGAUCUUGGGAACCCAGCAGGACGCUGGAACACGAUUAGCGACGGCGUUACGCAGACGUCCCUUUUCCGCGUGCAACAAAGGAAAUAGGAGACGUCUGCACGCAGGCAAGCCUUUACCUUGCGAAAAACGAAACGCCUGAGCAGGAGGCUGACCUAGGACUUUGCUGCAAUCAAAUGUGGGAUGAAUGUUGGCAGCGUUUUAAGCCCAGAAGAAUUGAUUUUAAAAAAUUCCUUUUUCAAUUACGGCAUGUUUCAAAGGUUCACUCAGAUGCUCGAAUAACUAACUCGGUUACGAUAUUUACAGAACAGUACAUGUCGAUGGCCAGCGCUAAAAACUUAAAAUGGUAUCUGCAGUUUAAUUCGGAUGAGCUUCAGUGACUUUCCGAAGCCCGAAAGUCAUCCGUCACUUGUUGCCAAUUCAACCGCGAAGGAGAAUGGACCCACAACCUCCGUCGUUUGCACAUUCUUCGUCUACAGCCAUUUUAAUAGGCUAUUUCAGAGUUUUAAAAUCUUUCACUUUCAAAACGAGGCUAAGUGCAAAAACUUUCUUGUGAUAAUGAGUCCUAUUUGCAUGAGAAUAAAAAGGAAUGUUCAUAUCAAAGCUUAUCAAUGGCCUCGCACUUAG